AUGGCUAAGAGAAAUAGAUCCCAAUUCCGCAUUCAGGAAAGAACUGCAAAAAAAAGAAAGCACGAAGAUUCUUUGUUAGAAGGCAAUGGUUUCCAUAAUGCACCAGAAGAUAUAAAUGAAAACGCCAUAUAUAGCAUAAAAGGCGCAUCCUGGGAUGAAGAAGAACAGGACUACGAAAUGGUUCCUAGAAAGAAUCGCUCUGAUACAUCGAAUCUUGUAGAAGGACUACCUAUAAAAGUUAAUGGUAAAGUUGAAAGAAAACUACAUAAAGUUAAAGAAAAGCCAAAGAACGACGAAGAUGAAGAAGAAGACUCUAGUGACUCUUCUGAAGAUGAUGAGGCUCUAAAUGAAGAACAAAAAGAAAAGGUUAAGGAGGAGGAGCCUGAUACGGAGGAAAAAAUUCUACAACUAAAAGAAGACAUUGCUGAUUUGGUCACCAAAGUUAUGGAGGAACCUGAAGAAAACACCGCUGCAUUAGCGCGUCUAUGUAAAAUGGUGGAGUCUAAGAAUCCUAAUACUUGUAAAUUUUCCAUGUUGGCUUUGGUUCCCGUGUUUAAAAGUAUUAUACCAGGCUAUAGGAUUCGACCACUAACUGAAACCGAAAAGAAGGAAAAAGUUUCUAAGGAAGUCUCCAAGCUUAGAAACUUUGAGCAAGCCCUGGUUUAUAACUACAAAAAUUACGUCGAAAGAUUGCAGAGUCUUUCAAAAACACCCAGUAAUGCUGCCCCUAUACAGGUUUCAUUAGGCAUUUUGGCCGCUCAAGCUGCCAAGGAAUUGAUCUCAACCGCCUCUCAUUUCAACUUUAGGGCAGAUAUUUUUACUUUACUGUUGCGUAGAAUUUGCAAGCCAAGAAUUUCAACAGAUCCAACCUCCAUUCAAAUAAUUCAGACAUUUGAAACUCUGUUAAAUGAGGACGAAGAGGGCUCAAUCUCAUUCGAAAUACUUAGAAUUUUCAACAAAAUACUGAAGACAAGAAGCUUCAACAUUGAAGAAUCUGUUUUAAAUAUGUUAUUAUCGUUGGAUGUUUUACACGACUACGACCCUAAUACUAAAUCCGAAGGAAACGUUAGUGCUCCUAAGCUAAAGAAGAAAGAUAGGGUCCAUCUUUCUAAGAAGCAGAAAAAAGCUCGAAAAGAGAUGCAGCAAAUCGAGGAGGAAAUGCGUAACGCUGAGCAAUCUGUUUCUGCAGAGGAAAGAGAAAGAAACCAAUCUGAAAUUUUAAAAAUCGUGUUCACUAUAUAUUUGAAUAUCUUGAAAAACAAUGCAAAAGCGCUCAUUGGGUCAGUUUUGGAAGGUCUAACGAAAUUUGGUAAUAUGGCCAACUUUGAUCUAUUAGGGGACUUCCUCGAAGUAAUGAAAGAACUUAUUAGUGACACUGAAUUCGAUAACCUUUCUUCUGACGAAGUCCGUAAGGCUUUGCUUUGUAUCGUCAGUGCAUUCUCACUUAUUUCGAAUACACAACAUAUGAAAGUUAAUGUGGAUUUGUCCAAAUUCGUUGAUGGACUUUACGCGCUAUUACCUUAUAUUUGCCUUGAUGCAGACAUCGAAUUGUCUUACAGAUCGCUAAGGUUAGCUGAUCCACUCAAUAACGAAAUAAUAAAACCAUCAGUUAACGUUUCUACCAAGGCAGAACUCUUGCUGAAAGCCCUGGACCAUAUAUUUUUCCGCUCGAAAUCAGGGACUAAAGAAAGGGCCACAGCGUUUACCAAAAGAUUAUACAUGUGCAUCAGCCAUACCCCAGAAAAAACAAGUAUUGCCAUCCUUAAAUUUGUUGAUAAGCUGAUGAAUAGAUAUCCUGAAAUAUCGGGCCUCUACUCUUCCGAGGAUAGAAUAGGCAAUGGUCAUUUCAUAAUGGAGGCCGAUAAUCCUUCAAGAAGUAACGCAGAGGCGGCAACUCUAUGGGACGACGCUCUUCUUAAGAAGCACUAUUGUCCUGUAGUUGCAAAGGGGCUACGCUCUCUAUCAACUAGAUCGAAAGAGUGUUCUAAGUAG